CUCACCUCCCUUUUUUCUAUUUAACGUCUAAAAUUAAUAAACUCCAUCCAAAACACCCCAUCAUCUUCCCUCCUCCUUCCUCUCUAAUCACCCUAUGCCCUCCACUCCUCCCUCUCUCACCAUCUUCUAAGUCUUCAACACAACUAUGAUAAACACAAAGAAACUUAAAGAAGCAGGCGCUGCUGCAGAAACUAAGCAAGAGCGUGAUAUAUGUACUCUUCUUGCUCAUUCGAUCUCUAAUGGCAGCCCAUUCGCGUGGAAGAUGUUCUACUCCGGCGAAGCUGCUAGCCUCCUCAGCCAAAAAUCCUAUGAAACAUUGGAAGAAGUCAUGAAGACCGUCGAGGAAAUGUUUUACACACCCCCUUGCAAGGCUCCCUGUCACACACCUCGAGUUAGGGUUUCGAGUAAAAAGGGAAAAGGAAAGCUAACCCAAAAACGCAAGCCCAAAACUGUUCAGGCGAGGAAGAAAAACCAACUAGCAAAUAUCUCAAAGAAAAAAUCGCCAUCCACAAAGAAAGGCAAAAAAAAAAAAGAAGUCAGGUGGAAGCAAGUAUUGAAGAUGAUUCAGAUGAAGAUCCAAACUUGCCAUGGAAUGAAUUGUUUCUUUGAGAUGGUUCAGUUGUGGAGGGAAGCAAGCGCUACGAUAUGUAUUGUGAGGGUCCGGAUGGACGUUUCUACCUUCGCGCGGUGUGUGCAAACAUUGAAGACUACUAUAGCCAAGGAGAAUCAAGUGUCCCUCCAAGCCCUUAUUGUAAAAGGGAAGAUUUGCCAUGAGGCUGGAGAAUGGCCACAACAGCUAUUGACGAAGGAAGAAUGCCGGAGCAUCCAUUUUGCCAUCCCCAAUGCUCACCAAUUGCUAAAUUGCCAACACUUUUGUCUUUUUUGAGAACUAUAUCAGUAAAUGUGUAGAUGCUAAAUUAAUAUGCAAGUUUGUAUAGAAUUAGUAAUGGCUUUUUGUGGUGGGAAGAAAAAUUCAGAAUCUUAGUUAGUAAUGUAGCAUUUUUUGCAAACUCAGCUAAUAGGACAAGCUGAUGUAGUGGGAAGAACAGUUCAAAAACAUUUCAUAAGUUCUAAAUGUUUAUGGAAAUGCUUCAUUUUCAA